GGACUGAAAGCAUUUAAUAUGACGUCCAGACUUUAAGUAGCCGCACAUGAAGAUUAAUCGUGCGCUGUAGGAAACUGUCUCAGGACAUUUAAAAUAUUAUGAAAACGAUAUGAAUUUAAAGAAAGGAUUACAAAAAAUGCUUGAAUUCUAGGAUUAUAGUUGCGAAUGAAAAUAGGGAAAUGAUUUUACAUUUAGGAGGACGACACAAAAACAUUCCUUAGUAGGGAACAACUUGUUUUGCGUUGUCCCAUGCUUAUACUUAGGCGCGUCGUUUCCUUGCUAUGAAGUUUCACGUCGUUUGUUCAGCAUGAUUUCCCGAUGUAGGCACCAACUGUGUAGGUCACCGCUUCUCUGUUUCUGGCUGGUACUUGUCUUCGUCGUGGUGAUGGUACUGUUCGUCGAUCCACUUUUCACAGACUCGUCAAGGAAGACGGCAAGUUCCCACCAUCGUCAAAGACAUAUCGGUUCUCACGACUUGGAGGUGAUCGUGGACCCCAGAGACGAAGGUGCUCUGUCACAUCUGGGAUUUCUGAAAGAUGAUCAGCUAAUAAUUGCAACGUCAGGUCUUAGAAGGAAUCCCCCUGGGCAAAAGAUGAGUUACAAGGUGGUGCGAUCAGACGCCAAGAAAGAUACGGCUGUGCUCCCACCUGUGCACGGCGACCUGGGAAGAGCUGUGCGCCUGAAGCUGGACGAGCUGGAAAAAGACGCCGAGGACUCGGGAAUUAAGAAACAGGGCUUCAACGAGGCAGUUAGUGAAAGAAUUUCGCUCCGCCGAAAGCUCCCGGAGGUCCGCCAUCCGGCGUGCCUUACUUGGCAGCACAGCGCCUCCCUCCCCUCCGCCACGGUGAUCAUCUGCUUCCAUAACGAAGCCUGGUCCACGCUGCUACGGACUGUGCACAGCGUCCUGGACACGGCGCCCAGGCAGCACCUGCGGGAAAUCAUCCUGCUGGACGAUCUCAGCCAGCACGGGCACCUGAAGAGUUCUCUAGGAGAGUACGUGUCCAAGCUGGAGGGGGUGCGUCUGAUCCGGAGCUUGCGGCGGCUGGGCGUGGCUGGCUGCCGCAUGCUGGGCGCCGCUCGUGCCCUGGGUGAGGUCCUCGUGUUCCUGGACUCCCACUGCGAGUGCCAACGGGGCUGGCUGGAGCCGCUGUUGGAGCGUAUCGCUGGGAACAGGAGUCGCAUAGUAUCCCCGCUAAUGGACCGUAUUGAGUGGAACACCUUCCAGUACAAUGCGACAGCAGGCCUCAUGAGGGGAGUCUUCGACUGGAACCUGGACUUCCACUGGGAAACACUGGCAGGACAGGAGGACCAGGAGCUCCCCAUCCAGCCCAUACAGAGUCCUGCUGUCGCUGGAGUUUUCGCCAUCAACAAAAACUUUUUCCAGAGGAUUGGGGCCUACGAUCCGGGCAUGGUGCUCUGGGGGGUUGAGAACAUCGAGCUGUCUAUCAGGGUGUGGCUGUGUGGAGGGUCCAUUGAGGUGGCCCCCUGUUCUCGUGUGGGACAUCUGCAUCACACGCAUCUGCCCUACACCCUCCCUGACGAUGAUAUCGUGGAGAGGAACAAGAUCCGUGUAGCGGAAACCUGGCUGGACGAAUACAGGAAGAUCUUCUACGAGAGGAAUAUGAUGGCCUACUUUAUCUGGCGGUCCGAGAGCUUGAACUGCACUGAGAGGGUGAAGCUGAGAGGCAGUUUAGGCUGCAAGAACUUCCAGUGGUAUCUGUCCAACGUCCAUCCUGAGCGCUACGUCCCACAGGACCGGACCGGGCUCUCAGGAGAGCUAUACAAUGUUGGCACUGGCUAUUGUGCAGAUUACAAGAAAGGGUGGGGGCCGUGGGGCAGGGCUGUGAAUAUUUCACCGUGCAGCGGUAAUGGAAACCAGCACUGUGAGUUGAACUCUCGGAGAGAGCUUCGCUGGGGGUCAACGGGGCAGCUGUGUUUUGACGUCCUAGGGGAGCAGGUUGUGCUCUCCAAAUGCCCCCCGAGAGGCGACACAGACGCCAGGCUGCAGUGGAGCUUCACAAAGAGCAGGCAGAUCAUCCACUUGCUGACAGAGAAGUGCAUGGAGGCCGUAAAGGCGGGGGAAGAUCCCAAGGCAAAGCCGGCUGAACAGGCCCAAGUCGCAGGAAUCUGGGGGGCGCUCCUCCUCCGGCCCUGUCGCUCCCACCCCCGGCAGCAGUGGCACUUCGAACAGCUGGCUGACCUGAGAGGAUCCUGAAUGGGAAACGAGGCCAUCGAGUCAACAAACGUCUCGUUACUAGACCGGUUUCAGUGUGAAAUAACCGAGCGAAUGCAGUGUUGUAAUAACUGAGCUGAUGUAGUGUUAUAAUAACCGAGCUAAUGCAGUGAGUAAUAACCGAGCUGAUGCAGUGUUGUAAUAACCGAGCUGAUUCAGUGUGUAAUAACCGAACUGAUGCAGUGUGUAAUAAUCGAGUUGAUGCAGUGUGUAAUAAUUGAGCUGAUUCAAUGUGUAAAAACCAAGCUGAUGCAGUGUGUAAAAACUGAGCUGAUGCAGUGUGUAAUAACCAAGCUGAUGCAGUGUGUAAUAAUCGAGCUGAUGCAGUGUGUAAUAAUUGAGCUGAUUCAGUUUGUAAUAACCAAGCUGAUGCAGUGUGUAAAAACUGAGCUGAUGCAGUGUGUAAUAAUUGAGCUGAUUCAGUUUGUAAUAACCAAGCUGAUGCAGUGUGUAAAAACUGAGCUGAUGCAGUGUUGCAUAAUGAGCCUCAUGUGAUGGCAUUUGUGGCAGAAUGACAGUUUGGAGUAAUUCAUUAGAGCUGGUCAGAAAAUGAAAAUGUCCCUUUUUCCCAGUUCUGUGUGGCUCUCAGUUUGAUGUAACCCCCCCCCCCCCCCCCCCCCAUUUUUGCCUGUCCAGAUGGCUUGAAGGCAGGCUGAGCGUCCCUCUGAUGCAGCUCGUGGCAAGCAUCUAAUCACACCGGCAUGUUUUUUAUACUCAGUGGGGACAUUGUGCCUUGCAUGAGCGAGGAGCUCCCAUUGGACGACCGGUGCAUCAUGUGCUGUAAACAUCCGGUGCUGCUGCAGAACAAUGCCAGAUGUGCUGUUUUCUACAGGUGUCCCUUACAUUUCUGGGCAUAGUGUCUGUACAAGUGAUUCAUUACUGGACGAGAUGGCAUUACCCACACUAAAAAGGGAUGCAGUGGUCCCUGGAAAGUGCAGUAGGUAUGUGUUAGAAGUCGAUUAUUGCACGUUUAAUACGGAAAACCACUCUUACAGUUUUCAAAUUGACUGACUCUGUAGAAUAUGCAUUUUUAUAAAAAAAAAACAGCCUAGGCUGCCUUGUAUUUGGCUUCACUAUUGUUCUAAGAAAAUGGAAAAGUGGUACCUGCCAUUUUACCCACUGUGCUGUGACCUAAGGUAGCCAACUGAGGCGAAUCAGUCAUUAAUUAUUUUAAUUAAAAGUAAUAAGAAACAGAAAAGGGCUAACUACUUUUACUUGGUGUAUUAAAUGUCCAUAAAAUCAAUUAGUUCUUUUAUUAUCGUUGUAAGAUAUCUAGAAAUAUAAAAUGUUUUAAUAAAAGCAGUUUGAAAAUA